GUUUGAGCGGAGUUUGAAAAGUCGGCUUUGUGCCAAACCCCUCACCACACCGCGAUCUUUUCACGGCCUUGAGGCGUAUCCAACGAUUCAAAUUAGUUUGCUGGCCAAGAAGGCGACAGUAGGUGCGAGCACCGGAGCAAAAGCAGGGCUCUACGCGAUCAUUAUCAUCGCGUACUGUUUGUUGAACUGAACGAUCCGUCAUGAACGCGCCAAACCGAUUCGAGCUCUUUGUCCUCGAAGACGGCGAGAAGUCCGUCGAAGUCACAGAAGAUACCAAAAUCCCCAAUGCUGCCACUUUCAAGAUCGUGAAGCAGGACCACACAUUGGGUAACAUGGUUCGCGCGCAAGUUCUUGCGAUGCCACAAGUGCUCUUUGCCGGAUACAAAGUACCUCAUCCACUGCAUCCCUACUUCCUGUUGAAAAUACAGACGGACGGGACGAUGACGCCGCAAGCUGUUCUCGAACAAGCUUGUACGAAGCUCAUCGCCACAAUAUCCUCGCUCGAGGCAAAGUUCAAGCGAGAGUUCUCCUUCAAGAUGACUGAGGGGAAUGUGCCAGAGGACCCGUACGGCACGACGGGUGCAGGUGCGCAGGGCUGGGGGACAGGGAAGGAUUAUCUGGACUUCUGAAUUUUACAUAUCAUGGGUACCUGUCACAUCGUGUCGCACAUGUGCUUAUAAUAUCGCUUUUGUUGUACGCGUGGCUUUGCACCCCGAAAUACACGGAUCACCGCGGGAACGUGUCU